CGCCGGCCUCACCGCCGCCUCCCUUGCUCCCUGAGCGCGCCGUGCGCAGGCCAGCGGCCGGGGCGGAGGCCCGGGACGACGCGGCGCGGAGAGGGACGGCGGGCGGGCGGGCAGUGGGAGCGCCGGUCUCUAUAUGGCGGCGGCUCUGUCGGGCCUGGCUGUCCGCCUCUCGCGCUCGGCCGCCGCCCGCUCCUAUGGGGUCUUCUGCAAGGGGCUGACCCGCACACUGCUUAUCUUCUUCGACCUGGCCUGGCGGCUGCGUAUCAACUUCCCCUACCUCUACAUCGUGGCUUCCAUGAUGCUUAACGUGCGCCUGCAGGUUCAUAUUGAGAUCCACUGA